AUGCCUUCGUCGCAAAACGCCGCCACCGAGCGGCGAAACGACAGGAUGAUUUCACACGAACCGCCGAAAUUAAAAACAACGCUGAAGACUUCACCGAAGCAAGCUACCAAUCCACUGCAGUUCGUUAAAGUCGGGCCGUGUUCGCUUUAUCGCACUGCCCAGGAGCAGUUGCAAAAGGUCCAAGAAGUUAAAAAAGUAAAACAGGAGGUACGCGAUGACCCAGAAGACUGGCAAUCGAAUUUGGAUAACUGGAAAAGCAGUCGGAGGAAGCGACAGGAGCACAUUAUCGAACGAGUUGUUGAAGUUAAGAAACUGGAACUGGAGGAGCACGACAGACACAGACGUCGGAGUAAAACCUUCUCAGAGAUGAUGGAGGAGCGCAGUAGUCGGGGGAGGAAACUCAGUAUGAGUCUCGCUAUGUAUCACGAGGAAGACUCUAAUGAUUUGAGUGAUCUUGGCAUUGGGACGAGCAGCGGUAAAAGUUCUGUAAGCGGAGACACUCAUGAUGAUACACAGAGUGUUCUUAGCGAUCGAGAUAGUGAGAUCGACAAGAAUCAUUCAGACCUAGACAACGCGUCCCACGAAAACGGCAACACCAACGAGAACAACAACAUGAACGCCGUUCCACCUAGCGUAACAUCAAUAACCAAAACAGCAAUUAGUAAAAAAUCUCCACAAUUUGGAAACGGAUUCCAAGACGACCAACGAGAGUACGAUUCGGGAACAACAGCGACCACCAGCUCGCCAGAACCCGACGAGUACAAUUACGAGGGAGCGAUCCGAUACAACCGAGCGCCACCACAAACUCUCCCCAGAACAUCUCUGCUAAAACACGAUCCGAAAUUAGACAGCAAACCAAUUAUCAAUUACGAGGAAUCGGCUGGUGGGAGUGAUAAAAGCGUUCCUGUCGUUAAGGUAGACAUACUGAAGCGCCGUGAGAUUUUCGAGAAGGCCGCUCAAAAAACCGCUGAUAAUAAAGUGAACAACAACAACGGGAAUCGUUCCUCAGGAGAGUUUUCUUCUCCAGUGUCUAUUAAAGAAAGACUGAUGAGUCUCGAAAAACAAACAAUAGAAACCUCUGAGGAUGAAGAUAAGAACUCCAAAGUAAUCGACAGGCUUUCUGGAGACAUGACAACAAUACGCGAGCGUCUAAGUUUUCUAGAGAAGCAAGUUUCCGUACGUGAAACUAAAAUAUCAUCACGUAAAUUAAGCAAUGAUGAGUUUGAACCUGUUCGACCUUUGCGUGAGAGAUUAUCAACACUCGAGAAAUAUGCCAGCAGCGAUGAAUCUUCUUCAACGCCGAGAAGUUCCUCUCCGGACUCCGAAUACCGCGCACCACGUGCUACUUUCCACCAAAGUCUAGACUCCUUGGACGCAGACGCGUCCAGUGAACCUGAUACAUUUGAUCGUGUCCAGAGCCUCGAAGAACUGGACUACGUGAGAAGAAGAUAUCCGACGUCAGUGUCGUCCGCUGAGAUACUCAACGACACCGAUCGGGAGGAUUCUGGUAUACACACCGCCGAUGCCAGCUGUUCAGUUAGUCAGUCUGACGAACCAGUUGACGAAGAAGUUGCUCCAGUUCAUCAUGGCACUUCAAUCACCAUUGAAGUUAAACCACCUGUGCCAAAAGAUCGUAAUGUUAAAGGUGAAGAUGAUCUAGGUGACAAAGUGACUGAUGAGUGCAAUCAGAUUAAAACCGAGGAGGAUUUUCAAUCGGAGGCUGAUCAAGAGAAAGUUAUCCAAUUGGAAUCGGCAGUGAUAAUAGAGGGUACUGCUGAAUCGCCUGGAAAUACCUUACCAACUAACAAAUCUCAGAUAGAGCAACAGCCGACUAAACCAACAAGUCGCGUUAUUGUCUUCCAAAGCCCGCGAAUUCCUCCGCGAAGAUGUCCGCCAGUGAAGUCCGGAGAUAGCAGCUCGCCGUUGCUCCAAGAAGAUUCCGAGGUUGAGUCUAAAUUAAGCGAGUCGAAAACAUCUUCAGCUGAGUCAAUAUCUUCAACUUCACCGCUCAAACCUUCGAAAAUUCCCACUCCGCUUCCUCGCAAGCCGACUGGAGUCACCGUAAAGCUGUCUUCAGCCCCAAACACGGCGCCAACAUCUCCAAUAAAACUGUCGGCUUCUUCAAAAUCUCUUCCCUCCUCCCCGUUUUCCUGCAGACACUCGAAAAUUCCCUCGCCUCUCAAGGCUCAAGAAGAUCAACAGUCAGCAUCAACAGUCGUUUCCGGAGAACAAAGUCAAGAGAGCAAAAAUUCAGAUCGAAGGCGGACUGUUUUUGAAGUCUGCGAGAAAAUAAUUGUUCCUCAAGAUGUGUCACCGGUACUACCAAUUACGCCUUUUAUAACAGUAACUAAAGUCGGGGAAGAUCAACAACAGCUGAGUGAUUCCGAGGAAUCAAUUGUUACCGACGGUAGCAGUUCCGAUGAGGAAAUCGAGCUGCAAUGCGAGUCAACAGAGUCAGUCGAGCACGAAGAAGAGACUCGAGCGAGUGAACCUCUGACUAGCGGCAACCAGAGCGCAGAGUUGCCUCUUACUUGUCCUAACAUUAAGGCAGCAACCAACGCCGCUUCUCCUGUUAUUGUAGUCGAGCAGGAGAUUUAUCAAGACUCGCAGUCAGAGUCAGUGGCUUCUUCAACACCGCUGUCAUACGAGACAGAAUCAAACAUCUCCGACUACGAUAAACCACCUGUUGUUUCUCCACUCACCAUGGAGUUUAUUGAUCCAUCUAUGUCUCUAUCCAAAUCUAUAUAUCAACUGAAUUUAUCAAACGAUGAAAAAAUAGAAAUAAUUUCACCUUUUCCCCUGGGGCCACCAAGCAGCGUAGAACCACCAAAGGAAAAACCACCUCCACCACCAAUAGAUUACAGCGACGAUGAAAAUCAACCAACCGAGCCUUUAAAGCGCUUAAACUCAACGCGUCGCAUUAAAAAGGAGUUACGUACCCGCCGAUCCGAUUUCUUGGGACUCGAAGGGGUUGGUGACGAUGAGCUCCACCUGGAAGUACCAAAACCGCUAGACAUGACCGCGUUACUAGCUGAGGAGAGACGCAUCGAGCAAAUGAACCGGCGUUCUUACGACACCGACAGCAACUAUGAGCAGGACUCAAUCCACGAUCGAGACUCUGGUGUGGGGCUCGGCCACGCCGAGGAUUGGACCAAGCAAGCAGUGAGUCCAGACAUGUCGCAGCACAGUCGUCAGAGUAGUGAACCCUUCGGUGCGAGUGUCACUUCCUCGGAGGAAGACGAGAUUACCAAGAAAGAACGUGAAAUCUUUGAAAUGCUCGAGAAGGAAGAGCAGUGGCGUUACGGCAACGAUCGUGAGCAGAACAGUAUUGGUUUGGGUGCUCUGACUUUAGCCUCUAGCCCGGACGGCUCUUCUCUCAAAUUCGACAUUGGCGAAAAACUCGCGCAUAAACUGCGAGAACUCGAGGAGGAGAAGAUGCAGCUGGAGCGUGAACGAGCCCAGGAGUCAGUGGCGUUGCACCGGCAAGACGAGCCACUGCGUAAGACCGAGGAGAUCCAGCCACGCAUGCAGGAGGAAGAUCUCUUAAGAAAUCAACAACAACAACAACAACAACAACAACAACAACAACAACAACAACAACAACAACUACAACAUCUUCAUCAUCAUCAACAGCAACAACAGGAAAUAAUUGUGAUGCAGUCGGAAGUUAUCCGCGAGGAGGAGAUUGAGUUCAGGGAACAGGAGAAGUUGAGGUUUGACGUUGAACGGCUGAAAUUACACGAGGAUAUUUAUGAUCAGGAGAGAAGAAAUGAAAUUCGCCGGCAAGAUGAAAUGCAUUUGAGGGCUAUCGAUCGUAAAAUUCGUGAACCAGAGCACACGGUAGUGAAUGCAGUAAUGUGUGAUCACGAUGACGAGUACGCGUCUGGGGAAGUUCUGCGUGUUGAGCGAGAACUUUUGCAGUUAGAGCAGGAGGCGUUGAAACGUCAGCGCUCUAACAUGGUUUAUCGGGAGCAAAAACAGCAGCAACUCGCUGAGCAGUGGCAGUCGUUGCAAAACGUUAAUUACACUGGGAAUAUUGUCCAUGCUACCUAUCAGAACAUCGAUAUGACUAAUUACCGGUCCUCGAUGCCUAAUUUACAGCUUCAGGAAAAUCAACGUAGACGUCCGGCACCUCCGCCUAUUCCACCGGCCAAGCCAAACAGUAGGAUUCCAUCAGCAGAUUCGAUUCCACAGCAGGUGGAUGCUACAAUUCGUCACAGUGCCUCCGCAACCGCACUAUCAACUCACGCUGGUCAGCAGAUGACCAAGCAGACUCUUAAUGCGCUGAGUGCAGUACCGAGGACUCGUAUUGUUAAAAAUGAUCAGUGGGUUCAACGGAGGAAGAGCGACGGCCCGCGAGUUAUUAGUCAAGAUUUAAAUUACCAACAUUGGCUUAUUCAAGAGGCUGAACAGAGGAGAAUUAAUGAGAAAAACCAACGCUCACCCCCACAAAGAAAACCGCAGCAACACGUGACUGGAACUUCCGUACCUUAUACUGCUUCAACUACUUCAUAUAAAUCUGAAGGGAAACCAUUACCGGAUUCUAUAAUUCAAACGCUUACUCAGAGAAUACAAAAUAGAGCACAAGAGAGACCUUUGCCUUUAAGACGAAGGAUCGAUCACAGCGUUAGCCAGGAACACUUGCCUCAAGCGCAUCACCAGCCGUCAGCACAUCUCGCUAUGAUGCAUCAGAAAGCACAUCAAUCACCCGGAACAUCGAGCGCGGACUCGCAGGAAAAAUUGCUGAGUGUCAGUGGAAAGAAAAAAUGUUCCCACUGCGGCGAUGAAUUAGGAAGAGGAGCUGCGAUGAUUAUAGAAAGUUUGCGGCUCUUCUAUCACAUGGAGUGCUUCAAAUGUUGUGUGUGUCACGUGCGUCUCGGCGACGGGCUUAUGGGGACGGACGUACGCGUUCGUAAUCAUAAACUUCAUUGUCAUAAUUGCUACUCGAGCGAUGACGGUAGUUAUUAUUAUUAA